UUAUUAUAUAAGUGACAUUUUGCAACCGUUGAUCUAUAGAAUAUUAUUCCCAGAGUCACUGUGACUAUCCAUUUGAUAGUCACGUAACUUUAUCCUGAGUUGCCAGUCUUUAAUAAAUUCCGUCAUUGAUAUCCGGAAUCUUAGUUAUAAUUCAAAGCUCUGUAUACCAAAUCCGCCUCGCCUACGCACGUAUACGAUAAUACGAUUGGUCUUGGUCGCAUCCUACGCAGUUCUAGACAUUUUCACGCACGUAUCAUUAGUCGUGACUGACAGCUCGCUUGAUCCGUCAGGUGAUUACGAUCUUUAGCUGACAUUGACCUGGCAAACAAACUAUUUUUAUUGAUGCCCGCUUGUCGUCAUAUCGUCGUCGUUCGCGUUCAUCAUUUGAUAACAUUAAUCGGGAAGUACAAUAUACUUAACCUCAAAACGAACGUCUGAUAAUGAGAUUUUCGUCGUGAAUGUGCGCGUCUCGUCUCCUUUGUCGUCGAGCGAUCGCAUUCGUCGACGAAGAGUGCGGAAACAUUCCCUCAGGAGAGACAGAUAUUUUUGAUUCCAAGAACUCGAGAGAGAAAGAAAGAGAGACAAAAAGAAAAUUAUCGGAGGUAUUAUCUUAUUGUUAGUUAAUGGCCAGUGUCGAGGAGCAUACGCGAUACGGCAAUGACUAAUGGUCGCGUCUAAAUGAGAGCUGCAAGCAAUUUCGAACCGUGCAUCGUCGUGAUAUAACGCUCGGCUAAUCGGUCGUGUUGACCCGCUGCACGAAUACAUACACGCGUCUCGUCACGUUACUCAUCGCACAUUAAUUGAUGUAAUAUACUACACGGACAGCGUGUGUUAUCGUGGCAUUCUCUUGUCCGAGGGGGUUCGUGUCUACAUCCCGAGGUCAUUUAUGGGGGCCAUUUCACAGAAGGAAAUAGCCAACAACAGAAUAGGCUGACUACACUUUUUACAAUGUACUUUUUAUCUACUUUGGAUGUAUUUGCCACAGUAGAUCUGACAAUUGUAUAAUGAAUCGUUCAAGAAAAGUCUUAAUUAAAUACUAAAAUUGAUGAAAAGGUGGAUCCUUAAACUGGUUCAAAAUGCGACAGUGUUGUUUAAACCACCCAGUCCUAUCAUGGCUUAUCUUUUUGAUUCUGUAUGCUACAUACAGUAGCGCAGAUAUUUUAGUAUUUUCUGCAGUGGCAAGACAUCAAAUUGAAGAGGAAUUUCGCGAUAUGCCUGCCAAGUUUGGAGGUAUAAUACCAUCGGAAGGAAUUAAGGGUAUGGCAAUUUAUGCCAAUCCUCCCAGUGCAUGCCAAAAGAUACAGGCUCCACCUAAUAUUACUGAUUACAAUGGUAAUUGGAUAGUUUUAAUACGACGUUACAACUGUAGUUUUGAGAUAAAAGUACGAAUGGCACAAGAAGCUGGAUACGAUGCUGUUAUUGUACAUAAUGUAAACAGCAAUGAAUUAGAACCAAUGUCAGCAAAGGACUCUGUAGGAAUUUUGAUACCGGCUGUGUUUGUUGGUGAUGUUACAGGAUUAAUUAUAAAAGAAAAUUAUUUAUACGACCAGUUAUAUUUUCUAUUGAUUAACGAUGAUCUACCGUUCAAUAUCAAUACACACUUACUCUUGCCCUUUGCUAUUGUUGUUGGAAUAUGUUUUUUAAUCAUUGUUAUUUUUAUGAUUGUUAGAUGCAUAAAAGAUAGAAGGCGACAACGCAGGCAUAGAUUACCUAGUUCUAGUUUAAAAAAGAUUCCUAUACAUAAGUAUACAAAGGGUGAUCCAUACGAGACAUGUGCUAUUUGUUUAGACGAUUAUGUGGAAGGAGAGAAGUUACGAGUUUUACCAUGCGCACAUGCUUAUCAUUCAAAAUGUAUUGACCCAUGGUUGACAAAAAAUCGAAGGGUUUGUCCUGUUUGCAAAAGGAAGGUUUUUGCGGCUGAUGAGCAGGUUGUGACCGAUGAGAGUGAUUCGGAUGCUGAUGACACAACGCCUCUCAUUCGCGAUGGUCAUCAAGGUACACAAGGAGGAACGUUCGUGCGACAGAGGGAGAAUCCUUUUAAUAGAGCCAGGAGAUCACAAACUAGGCAGGAUACUAAUAACUCUAGCGAUAGUAGCUCUGAUUCCGAACAGUCGUUUGCUACUACCGAAGAUAAUGUUUUUCCUGGAUCUAGUGAGCCAAUGAAUGCAGCUUGUGAUUUCCUGGUAUCCGAUAGCCAUAGCAUAAAUGGUGAACGACAAGAGUUAGAACGUUCGGGUAGCAGCACUAAUCCACAUACGGUAAGUUUGUACGCGGGCGCUGAAGAAUUCCCCGCAUCUAUUGUAGAAACCGCACCAUCGCGACGCGAGAUCGUGACAGAUCUCGCGACGUCAAAUCCCGAUUGUCAUAUCGAAAUUUCGCAUAAUACGACGGCGUUGGCCAAUAGUUCGCAGAACAGAAACGACGUCAUUACAUAAUGGCCUGAUGUAACUAUGUGAGACUAUCAUUAUAUGUUACGUCAGUUCGUUGGAAAGGGUUUUCUUAUUUUCCUUUGUUACGAAAGAACAUUGGUACAAUAUGGUGCACAGCGUUAUAGUAGAAGCGACGUAGAAUAAUAAGAACAGAUAAUCCAAAAAAGUAGUAUUUUUUAAUAUAGGCGAACUCUGUCAUACUUUUCUCAAAUAAUGAUAUUACUAUUUUGCUUUAUGCCAAAUAUUUUUUUGCCUUAAUGUUUCUAGUAUUUAUCUGGUGAAUUACGUAAUAUAUCACGUUUUCUUUCUUUUGCGACGAGUACCAUACGCAGUGACGUAUCAUGGAUCAAUAGCUCCAUAUUUUAUAUAUAACUGCGAAUCUUUUUUGAGGGAAAUAUUUUAUAUAUUUUAGAUUGAAUUUAUGCGAGACAUAUAAAAUCUUGUGUAUAAUGAACGAUCUGUUAUUUACAUUUAAGAGAGAUUAUAUGUUGCCUUAUUUUGCUUUAUUUCUUUUGAUCCUUAAUCAAAGUUGUUUCCAAGAAAUAUGGUAAGAUUGUGCUGGGCUGUAUGCAUGCGUGCAUGUGUGUGUAUGUGUGUGUCUGUGUGCGUGCGCGUGUGCAAAUUUCAAUUUAUCAUUUAAUAACAUUAUUUUGUAUAUUAAUUUAGCAACUAUAUACAUAUAUAUAUGGCCUACUUGAUUUUUGCGAUCCACGAGAUUAAAUUUAUUUCGCGUAUUUUUCUCGUCAUUUGGUUACCAAAAUAUAAGUAUGAUUUAUUAUAUACUUAUGAAUAAGUGAUUAUGUUAAUGGUGUUAAUGGCGUUAAGUGCGACGAACGCGCUGGUAAGACCGUAAAGGUGUAAAGUGAUGAGCGCAGCUCCGUUUCUAACAUUGGAUCUGUAAAUAUUAUCUGUUAAUAGAUACAUAUAACAGUCACAGAGACCAAAAA